AUGGAAAUAUGGCACCAAUCAGUUGCUGUCAUCGGUCCACCAAACAGCGGUAAAUCAUUAUUGACCAAUCAAUUGGUUAAAGCACAGGUGUCAGCAGUAAGUUCUAAAAUGGACACGACUCAGCGUAACGUGACAGCUGCAUUGACUGAGCACGACUGUCAGCUGAUUGUUAUCGAUAGUCCUGGAACAGUCGGUAUUAAUCAUGCCAGAAAGGUUGUGAAACGAAAUGAACCGAUGCUUUUGAUUGGUAUAUUCCUCUGUUUCAUUUCGUUUCGUUCAUUGUUUAGCACUAAUAUUAGCAGUUCAUCUUAUGAUUAG